AUGUCCCAAGAAUGCGAGGUUGGGAGCAGGGCAGAAGUGGUGCUGAUCGACCCCCCCUGCCUGGUUGCUGAGAGGGACUGCGAUGUGGACAUCCAUUUUUCAAGGGAGGUCCACGUUCGAAAAAUGGCGCUGACCCGUGACGGCACGCUCAUGGCCAAUGCGCCAUCCGCACCCCAGAUGACCAAGACCAUAAGGGUGUCUGUCCCUGCAAUCGAGAGCUGCUGUGUGUGCGUGGACGUCGAUCUGGGCCGUGGCGAUGAGUCCAGGCCCACCCUGUGCAUGCUAGUGCUGCCCAAGGCGGCAGCCGAGGAGAUUUGCGACCUGUUCUCGCACAUGAUGGCAGACAUUUAUGCCAGCAGAGCGGGGGCCAGCUGCGUGGAUGCGCUGCAGAAUCCCAUGGAUGCACCUGCCACAGCGGACGGCCCCCUCCCGCCGGAGUCCCUAGACGACCAGGAGCUCAAGGAGGCCGCCUGGACGACUUACUUCCGCCAGUUCUCCGCCGACUUCGCUCAGAUCCUUAAGGACCUCGACUCGGGCGCACCCGGCGGCCACACCGGCAGUGUGCCCAUGGCCAUGUACCUCUUGAAGCGGCGCUCCUGGAGCACCGCCUCCUUCCUGCUGAACAGGUGUCUGGCCAGCGGCGUGCGGGUGACCUGGGGCCCGUUCGUGCUGUCUGAGAGCGACCUUGGGCCAGAGCAGCUUGAGAGGGACUUUUCGUCCCAUGUGCAGCUGGUUGAGGCCAAUGGCCAGGACUCGCCGAUGGACUAG